GAUGGAAGACAAAGGAGAAGUGAAGUGCAUCAAAUUUUCCUUGGGGAACAAGAUCCUGGCUGUGCAGAGAACUUUGAAGAGUGUGGUAAGAAACCUAUACCCUACAGAUAGGGAAUUGGAGCUGGAAAUCUUCUACUUAUGGUACCAGAGUAGAAGCCUCUGACACAAAAGUUCAAGAGGUUUGGCGGUUAACAACAGCCGUAGUGAAAAUUUCUCUAUCAUCCUGAGAGGCUGGACAGGCAACAUGGUUGUCUUGCUAGUAUCAUCAUUUAAGAAAAAAUGUGGGGGGAGCCAACUCCUAUAAAGAAUUCCCUGGCAGGGAUGACGUGGAAUAUUAGUAAGUCAAGUUUUUCUUCUACAGAUCUCAUCCAAAGUAAUUUGAUAAACUAACAUCUGUUCUCUCGUAUCUACGUAUGUAUCUUGUCUGUGCUUCAUAUUUGCUAACAUGCUUCAUGGGUGUUUUUUCAGGAUUUUUUGAAUUUUAUUCCAGAUAGUCCUCAGCUAGAAUAUACACAGGAAUGUAAGGAUUCUGCUGGACAAGUUCUACAGAAAUCGUCUUCAUCACAGAUCAAGGAAUUGAGUUCUAUCAGGUACUACCAGAGAAACGAAGCUUAAAACUUCUGAAGAAUCAGAGUAUUAAUGUCAACUGGUACAUGUAUUGUCCAGAGAGUUCUGUUAUUCUUCUGUCGACCACUGUCCUUGGCAAUGUCCUGCAGCCAUUCUAUUUCAAGAGUGGAACGAUGUCAAAACUAUCAAAAUUUGAAAUCGAGUUACCUGCAGCACCCAAGUCCUCCAAGCUCAGCCUUUCUGAAAGAGAUAUUGCUAUGGCUACAAUAUACGGGCAGCUUUAUGUCCUCUACUUGAGGCAUCACUCAAGGACUUCCAAUAGCACAGGAGCAGAAGUAGUCCUCUAUCACUUACCAAGAGAGGGCUCCUGUAAGAAGACACAUAUUUUAAAGCUGAACAGAACUGGAAAGUUUGCACUGAAUGUUGUGGAUAACUUGGUGGUAGUACAUCAUCAGGAUACUGAGACUUCAGUUAUAUUUGACAUCAAGCUAAAAGGAGACUUUGAUGGGUCUACUACCAUCCAUCAGUUUGUACUUCCACCUCGAUCAAUACAACCCUAUCAAAUACCUGUAGCAGGUCCAGCCUCUGUGACGAGUCAGUCUCCUGUUCCAUGUAAACUAUAUUCUUCUUCUUGGAUUGUCUUUCAACCGGAUAUCAUCAUUAGUGCAAGCGAAGGCUACCUCUGGAGUCUCCAAGUGAAACUUGAACCUGUAGUUGACCUCUUGCUAGAUAAAGGAAAACUAAUGGAUUUCCUUCUCCAAAGGAAAGAAUGCAAGAUGGUUAUCCUAUCUGUAUGCUCUCAAAUGCUCAGCGAGCCAGAAAGGGGAUCACUGUCUGUGAUUGCAACUGUCUUUGACAAACUGAAUCAUGAAUAUAAGAAGUACUUGGAAGCUGAGCAAAGCUAUGCUAUGGUGGUAGAGGCAGGCCUGAGUAGAAGUAAUCCCCUCCUGAAACGUCCAGUCCGCACUCAAGCAGUUAUUGACCAGUCUGACAUGUACACACACGUUUUAUCUGUAUUCACAGAGAAGAAGGAAGCACCUCAUAAGUUCACUAUAGCAGUCUUGAUGGAAUACAUUCGCUCCCUUAACCAGUUCCAGAUUGCAGUUCAGCACUACUUAUAUGAGCUGGUCAUCAAAACCCUUGUUCAACACAACUUGUUCUACAUGCUCCACCAGUUUCUGCAGUACCAUGUGCUCAGUGACUCAAAGCCCUUGGCUUGUCUGUUACUGUCCCUGGAAAGCAUUUACCCUCCCGCACAUCAGCUCUCUCUGGACAUGUUAAAAAGACUUUCCACAGCAAACGAUGAAAUAGUGGAAGUUCUGUUGUCCAAACACCAAGUCUUGGCUGCCUUGAGAUUCAUCAGGGGUAUUGGAGGACAUGACAGCAUUUCAGCCCGCAAAUUCCUUGAUGCAGCAAAACAAGCAGAAGAUGACAUGCUUUUCUAUACUAUAUUCAGAUUCUUUGAACAAAGAAAUCAGCGGUUACGAGGAAACCCGAGUUUCACACCAGGUGAGCACUGUGAAGAACACGUCACCUUCUUCAAACAAGUUUUUGGAGAACAAGCUCUCAUGAAGCCCACAACAUUCUGAAAGACUCUUCCACUGAAAUGUAUAAACUUAAUUUAUUGCAUUUAAGUAGAUUUUUGAACUACAAAAUUGCUAUUUUAUAAUAAAGUAUA